AUGCCUCCGAAAUGCAACAAUAAGCGGGGUGGAGCUGGAAAUAGGGGUGCUCGUGGCCGUGGUCGUGGCCGUGGCCGUGAGGAACCGUUAGAAGACGAGGUUAGCCAGCAUGGGGAAGCUUUGCAUGGGGAUGCAGAAUUGGGGGCCAGGCUAAAUCCGAGGGUGCGGAAUGUUCAGAACCCUCUUGCUAGGGAUAUUGUUGCGGCACUUGCAGCCGCUAACCUUUUGCAACCUCCUCCUAGGGAGAAUGCGGACAAUCGGGCCUUAGUAGCUAUGCGAGAAUUCUGUCGUCUAAAUCCACCUUUGUUUGACGGGGCUAGUAGCGACCCUCUCGUGGCCGACCACUGGUUGGCACAAAUCUGUAAGAACUUCACUGCUUUUAAGAUUAUUGAAGAUGACCUACGGGUGAGUAUCGUGGCCGUUCAACUUGUCGGAGAGGCCAGUAAGUGGUGGGAGUCUAUUUUGGAGAGUAGGAAGGAUGCGAGGAGGGCGGCUAGGACCGCGGCUCAAGUAAAUGAGCCGGAUGUGGAGAAUAUGACAUGGGCCAAGUUUGAAACACUUUUUGAGGAUCAAUACUUUCCGGAGUCCUCCCGUGAUCAGCUGAGGGAUCAAUUCGAGAAGCUUGUGCAAGGUAAUAUGACCGUUUCUGAAAACGCGAUGAAGUUCCAAUCCUUGUCACGAUUCGCUCUAGAGUUAGUGGCUACCGAGGAGAGAAAGUGCAGACGUUUUGAGAAGGGGUUACAUAACAUUGUGAGGAGGAUGGUAACGGUGCAACGGAAGACAAAGUACGCUGAGGUUGUUGAGUGUGCAAGGAGUAUUGAGAUACCAAGGGAAGCACAGAGGAAUAGAGGAGUUUGGGAAUCAAGGCAACCAACCGUUAAUGCUAGUUCUUUGGGGACUUUUGGGAGUCAGGGGAGGAAGCGAUCACGGGAAACAUCUUUUGCAACUCAGAAUUUUCGGUCGAAGGAGUGUUAUGUGUGUGGAGAGUUUAGCCAUCUAGCCAAGGAUUGUCCUCGUAGAGUGAGAAGUGCUCGUAGUGAGUCGGGUUCUGUGCAGCAGCCGGGGUCAGGGCAUGGGUUUGACCAGCAGUCAUUCAGGGGUACACAGAGACAUCAACAACCACAUAUCCGUCAGACCACCAUCGUUCAGGGCUCUCAGAAUGAAAGGGGUGCUUGUUUUGAGUUCUUUGGGGAACGUCGGGAAUCGUUGGAGCCGUAUCUGUGUGGGUCUCGAGAGCGGGAGUCCAUUUAUUCUCUGUUGGCGAGUUUGACCCUAGAUGAGGAUGUGUCUGCGCGUGGGGAGUUGCCCCUCGUUGUUUGCGAUUUCCCGGAUGUGUUUCCGGAGGAGUUACUCGGUCUACCUCCUGAGAGAGAAGUUGAAUUUACUAUCGAGUUACUUCCUGGUACCGCACCAAUCUCCGUACCACCUUAUCGUUUUGCUCCCGCCGAACUUAGGGAAUUAAAGGUCCAGUUGCAGGAAUUAGAAGAUUUAGGGUUUAUUCGUCCGAGCACAUCUCCGUGGGGGGCACCGGCACUUUUUGCGCAGAAGAAAGAUGGUUCACUUCGUUUGUGUAUUGAUUACCGUAAGCUCAACCGUGUCACCGUUAAGAAUAAGUAUCCAAUGCCUAGAAUCGACGACUUAUUUGAUCAACUUUGGGGUGCGACUUGUUUCUCAAAAAUCGAUUUGAGGUCCGGUUAUCAUCAAUUAAGAGUCCGAAGAGAGGAUAUUCCGAAAACCGCCUUUCGUACACGCUAUGGUCAUUACGAGUUUGUAGUUAUGCCUUUUGGGUUGACGAAUGCGCCGGCUACUUUCAUGGACUUAAUGAACCGUAUCUUCCGUGCUUACCUUGAUUGCUUCGUGGUCGUUUUUGUAGACGACAUUCUCAUAUACUCACCUUCGGUGGAGGAACACCAAUAUCAUCUCACUAUUGUUCUUGAACUCUUGAGAGAGCAUCGUUUGUAUGCUAAGCUUAGUAAGUGUGAGUUUUGGUUAUCCGAAGUCAAAUUUUUGGGUCACGUGGUUUCAAAUGGUGGAGUGUCCGUUGAUCCGGGAAAGGUAGAGUCCGUUAUGAAUUGGCAGCAACCGAAAAAUGUGUUCGAGAUUCGUAGUUUCUUGGGUUUGGCAGGGUAUUAUCGCGGUUUUGUCCAAGACUUUUCGCGUCUAGCGGCACCUAUGACUAGGUUGACACGGAAAGGGACACGUUUUGUUUGGAGUGACACGUGUGAGACGGCUUUUGAGGAGUUAAAGAAGCGAUUAACGACUGCGCCAGUUUUUAUUAUGCCCGAACGUGGAGUUGGCUACUCCGUUUAUUGUGACGCUUCGAAAGAAGAGCUUGGGUGCGUUUUGAUGCAAUCGGGGCGAGUAAUGGCAUAUGGAUCACGACAAUUGAAAACUCACGAGCGGAAUUAUCCUUCGCACGACUUAGAACUUGCGGCCGUUGUAUUUGCGUUGGAGAGUUGGUGUCAUUACUUGUACGGUGAGAGAUUCGAGGUCUUUUCUGAUCAUAAGAGUUUGAAAUACCUAUUCUCCCAAAAAAAGCUUAACUUACGACAACGACGUUAG